GGGUCAGGUGUCGGCCACCGGGUUAAGCGUAACCGGGGUGGCUUCUCAAGGCGACGGCCUCACUUAUAGUGUAACGGUUGUGAGCGAUCUGAGGGCUGACGUUACGGAGAGAACGGUCUGGGUGCAAGAGGGAGCGGUGCAAGACGUGGCCAGGAAUCCGAACCAAGCAUCGGAAGUUUUGAAGAUUAGCUUCGGCACCUCCUCGCGCGCCGUGGCCGCGGCCGCGCUCGGCGCGAGGAUCGUCUCUAGCGGUCUCGCGACUACGACUGGCAUCUCUAUUGCGGCGCUUCUUCCCACAGUUCUUCUCCAAGUAGGCGAUCUCCUCGGUGCCUGGGCAGGCGGCCUACCGAGCGCAUCCCCGGGCGCAUCGUCCCCGCGCUUCGCCGCCCGGGGCAAUCUACUGGGAAUAGUCGGGACGGUGCAGACGUUCGCGCUGUUCCGGAAGCUGGCCAUCCGCCAGUCCGCCGUGUUCCAGGAAGUGACCGGAAGCCUCGCACCGAUGGGUCUGGAAAGCCGUUCAAAGCCGUCGCUUGAGGUCGACUCCACUGCUGCCUCCGCGCUGGCACCGACAGCCUCCGUGACUGGAGUCCGAAGGCGUCUCUUACAGAACGGAACCGGAACAGGCAUUUCUGAUCCAGAUUCGAUCCUGACCGAAGGUUGGCACUCGUCCGGGCUCAUUUUCGGACGCGCUCUCAUCGUCCUGUCCGCAACGUCCGUCGUCCGGACUGCGGCAGCGUAUGUUUGGAAGCGUGUGUCCAAACAAUCCUUACCGGACCUGCUUCUGUUUCCGAGAGCUGAGCUCCAAGCGGGAGCCUUCUGCUUCUACCCAGUGUCUGUAGCAUGUGCCUCGCUUUUGCAAGGCCACUCAACGACGCAUGCCUUUGUCGGGGCACUGCUGCUUCUGUUCAUCCCGUGUUCCGCCAUCGUCGUAGUCCUGGGAUUCCUUGCAACCCACGUCAUACUAGGAUCGGAGGCGCAUUUCGAGCCGUCCGGAGAUCCUUUCAAGACGCUGACGUGGCGCGGCCGCGCGGCCGCCGCCUGCUUUGGCGCGCCCUGCGAGGGGCGGUGGACUGACGCGCACCCGGCGUUCAAACGUCCGGCCGGACGAUUCGGACUCCUCUUCGAGUCCUUUCGGCCCCCCAGCUGCACUGGAGUGGGGACCUUAUCUGGAAGGGAGACCGCAAAUGGAGAAGACGAUAUAAACGGGCGUCCGCAACUCGGGACCGUUUCCGAGCGGAGUACAGGCGAGAUGGGACGACUUGAAUUGUCCGAAAGCUGUCCGGGACGCACUGGACGGCCGGGUUUGUCCGCGCACGGUGACGAAAGGUCUCAGGAGUCGGACCCAGUUCUGCUGGGAGCAGGAGUGGGCCGCCGGGUUGCGGACGGUGCGCGCGCGCUUCUCCGGAUGCUGCGGACGUGCCACGUGGGCGCAGUACUUACGAAGCGGCUGGUCUUUGCGGCGCUUCUCGCGGCGCGGGAGCCUCACUUGGCGGGCUCGAACCCGGGGUUGGGUCAAGUGGGCCUUCUCCUGACGACGUCAUCGAUCUUCCUUUCCUGGCUGGUGAUCGCUAAGCCUUACGUCAGCCAAGCCUUACAAGGCGUUGAGCUGGUUACAGGGAUCUUAGAAGUUCUCACGCUGAGCUUGGCGCUGCUAUCUGGCCGAGCGGAGCGGAAGGCGUUCCGGACCGGAACCGCAAACGGAACCGCAGGCACCGGAAGCUUGACGGAAGGAGAGAGGCGGCUGAGCGCAGGGAUGCUGGCGCUUCAAAUCUUGGCGGUUGGGGUGCAGACGGGGUAUCAGUGGUGGGCAGCAUUUGUUGGGCUGAAAGCGCAUCGGCAGAUGUGGAAGGAGAGAAGAGAACAACAAACAGAGAAGGAAACGCAAGUCGGGCGAUUUUCGCAAACUUUCCGGAACGGGGACGAACGUUCGGCGUCAAAGAGAGGAGUUGCCAAAGGCCGGAGGGACCUUCGAUCCGUUUUGGGAUUGCGGGGGCGGCGAGGUGCUGGACGCAAGGAAGGUAGCGACGAGGCAAGCUCGGAAGAGGCGCCUACGAGACCGGAAACGGUUGCAAAAAGCGGGCCAGUGCCACGUGUAACCCACGCCAGGAGGCGUAAUCAAAGACAAUCGGAAAGGCUUUCCAACCUCAGGAACGAGAAUGAUUUUGAAAGCAACUGGGGCUGUGGGGCUUCAGAUGUGGACCCGUCGCUGACGCAGUGGUUGCAGGAAGAUGUGGAGAGCAAGACCGGAAUCUUGAGCGGUUCGGAACGGGUUAAGAGGAACCGGGAAUCCCCGUCAGUGAGGCAGUUUGUUCGAGGAGAUGCGGAACUGGGCGCGUCUGGUGGGCAGUCACGAAAGUUGCGCACAGUGGAGGACAGGGAAAAGGGAGCGCGCGCAGAACGCGUCGAACGGAAGGGACGAGGUUGGGAAGGAGGAACGGAACGGAAGCAGGGCAGGACGGAACGCAAGGUUGACAGGAGACCGAGUGUUAGAGCCACAAACCUCUUCGCAAGCAGCGGCGGCGAAGGGAAGGUGAACCUGCGAAUGGGUCCGCAGCAGUCGGACCGCCCUGCAAGGUCCCGUCAAAUGAUUGAACCGGACGACGAGGGAACGAGUGUCUCGCCCCACAGCGGUGGGCAGGAGAUAGUCGCAAAGCCUCACUUCGAGGAGAUAACGGAAGCAUCGGCACGCGCGAGCGAGGUCAAGCGCAAAAGCGCGCGCGCGGCGCGGCUGGGGCGGCUCAAGAGCCGGCGCAAGGUGACGGCGACCGCCACCAUGACGUACUUCGUCGUGUCCGAAUCGGACGAAUCGGAGCUGUCCGAUGGUGAGGAUCGGACGGCGGGGGUGAACGUGCGGCUCGAGGUUCGCCGAAGUAUGGUGGCGAGUUUUACAUUCAAGACAGAGCCAGAGAGUGUUGACAAGGAUUGGUACCAGCGUCGAGUUGGAUAAACUAGGGCGACGUGUGCUCUCCUCUGAUAUGAAAGAGAGGGCUUCGGCAAAAUACGGUGGAGGAGGUACCCAAGUUGUGUAAAUAUAAGCUCGCAGCUCAGCCAUGUAAAGAGAACUGUUCAUCUGUUCAGCGUCACAUCGGAUCAACUGCUGGUAUGAUAACGCGUUGAAUGAAGUUGUCCAGCUGUAGCUGCCUUGCUGCGAACCCGAGUCACGAGUCACGUACGAAAUUGAGAUUAAGGACUGAGAGGAAAUCUCCGAUCAUUUCAGGAAUCGAGUUGCCACUUUCCAGCCAAUAAGAGUCCUUC